UUCAGCGAAUCAAAUUAGGAAUGGACAACCCUGCCAGUAUUUCAACUUCCGUUCUUUUCGGUAAAGUAAUUCCAUCAACAUGACUAAGAAACGCCGCAACGGAGGACGCUGCAAACACAAUCGUGGCCAUGUGAAGCCCGUGCGAUGCACAAAUUGCGCUCGCUGCGUCCCAAAGGACAAGGCUAUCAAGAAGUUCGUGAUCAGGAACAUUGUUGAAGCUGCGGCUGUUCGUGAUAUCACCGAGGCUUCAGUGUACUCAUCUUACAUUCUACCAAAAUUGUACGCUAAACUACACUACUGUGUGUCGUGCGCCAUUCACUCGAAAGUCGUGCGUAACAGGUCAAAGGAAGCCAGGCGAAUCCGGACCCCACCAUUGAGGACCUUCCCUAAGGAUAUGGCUCGCCAGUCGAAUCAAGCAAGGAAGUAAUUUUAUGAGAAUCCAACAAUAAAAAACCGUAAAAUAUAUGAA